AUGGUGGGCAGGGUCAAACUGGACCAUGAUAACAAGUUGUGGGGUUUUGCUCUCAGAAGAAAACCAGGCAAGCACACAUCAGCUUUUGUUUUUCUUAGCUUGCAGCCAGUAUAUGGAGCACAGCACCCUCCUCUGGACCCACGCAGACACCGUCUAUUAAAAGAUACUCCAAAGGCCAGCAGUUUGAACACCAAAUCCAAAAAACCUUCUACUUUCCACGAAUUUGCUCGGAGCACCAAUGAUGCAUGGGACAUUGAUGAUGAAGAGGAUGAUGGUAUGUUUAGUCUCAAACAGCCCUCAUCUUCACCUGUCCAAUCACGAUCCAUGCCUCAUACGCCCUGCGUCAAACUCAUCAAAGCCCCAGCGGACACAGAGUCACUGCCCCGCCCUCUGGACAGGCAGGACUCAAUCAGCACAAACCUCGUUCUAGAUCGACUGGACGACGAAAGCGGUCCAGCCAAUGGCAGGGUGAUAAAGUCCUGUAGCGACGCCCAGCUGAAUGUUAAUGCAGAGGAGUUACGGAAGCAUAGCUGGUCGGGAAUCCCUCGUGAAGUUCGACCAGUCACCUGGAGACUCUUAUCGGGCUAUCUUCCAGCCAAUAGGGAACGAAGGGAUCUGGUUCUUCAGAGGAAGAGGGAGGAGUAUUUUGGCUUCAUCGAGCAGUAUUACAACUCCAGAACAGAUGAGAAUCACAGUACUAGCACAAUCACAUCCUUUCUGAGUGGCUAUCUUCCAGCCAAUAGGGAACGAAGGGAUCUGGUUCUUCAGAGGAAGAGGGAGGAGUAUUUUGGCUUCAUCGAGCAGUAUUACAACUCCAGAACAGAUGAGAAUCACCGAGACACUUACAGACAGAUUCACAUCGAUAUCCCGAGGACGAACCCUUUGAUUCCUUUGUUCCAGCAACCGCUGGUGCAGGAGGUGUUUGAGCGGAUUCUGUUCAUCUGGGCCAUCCGUCACCCCGCUAGUGGAUACGUGCAGGGCAUUAAUGACCUGGUCACUCCCUUUUUUGUGGCCUUCCUCUCUGAAUUUGUGGAGGAAGACGUGGAAAAUUUCGAAAUGGCAAGCUUGCCUCUGGAUACGCAACGAAACAUUGAAGCCGACAGCUUUUGGUGCAUGAGCAAAUUGCUGGAUGGGAUACAGGACAACUACACAUUUGCCCAGCCUGGGAUACAGAUUAAAGUCAAGGCGCUGGAAGAGCUCGUUAGCAGAAUAGAUGAGGAUGUCCAUGUGCACUUUCAGAAGUGUGAGGUGGAGUAUCUGCAGUUUGCAUUCCGCUGGAUGAAUAAUUUACUGAUGCGGGAGCUGCCGCUGCGCUGUACCAUUCGCCUGUGGGACACCUACCAGGCCGAGUCAGAGGGAUUUUCCCAUUUCCACCUCUACGUGUGCGCAGCCUUCCUCAUCAAAUGGCGCAAAGAGAUCCUCUCCAUGUUGGACUUUCAGAGCCUGCUAAUGCUCCUGCAGAACCUUCCCACAAUACACUGGGGCAACGAAGAGGUGGGUUUGCUACUGGCAGAGGCCUACAGACUCAAAUACAUGUUCGCUGACGCUCCAAGCCACUACAAGAGAUGAGAACCCGUAAGCUGACCACAGCGUGACCCUGCAAAACCCAGACGAUGAUCUGACCUAACAACGGGAUCGGUCCAAACGCCGCUUCUUUGCUCGGUUUAAUCCGACACAGCGAAGAAAGAGCUCACCAAUUUUCUCCAAUGACGUCAAAUUUGUGUCAUCGUCUGUUACAAUUCACGAUCAAGAACAAGACGACGUAAACAACCACGGACAAAACUAAUAUUUUGGAAAAAAACUCCCAGAGAUCUUGAUGGCUGACAGUUCAAUUUGCCUGCUGAUGACUUCAGAAGAUAACUGACAGUGAGAUGCCAAGAGCUGAGGAACAGAAAGCGCUUACGUAAACGUAUCAAACUAAAAACAAAAGGACGUGGCAUCCUAUGCUUCCCCGCAUCUUCCUCUAUUUGUUACCUCCACCCCUCGUUUUUAUUUCUUGGCAGAUCUUCAUUUUUUUUGUCCCCCCCUCGCCGAUAUUCUCGUGUUUUGUGUUAUUAGACCAUAAUGUGAUCUCCUCGGCCCCUUUGCUCAUUGCCACAUUGAUUGUACCCUGCACAGGUGUACACGGGUCGAUUCCUGUCCGUAAUCACUCCGUGUUAUUGAAGCUCUUCAAUACAUGAAACUAUGGCAGUCAUAAAGGGUCAUUUCUCAAGGGGUGCGGCUGAGCGUUACGGAUUCGAAGAAUCAAUAUGCAACCGCCUGAGCGAUGUGUUUGGGUUUUGUUUUGGGGUUUUUACGUUUUUUGUUUUUUUUAGAAUUGUAAGACUGAAUUUUAACAAUCCUGAAACAGUGGCUUUGUAUGCAAAUGAAGCCCUUGCACAAUUAGUUCAUAGAAAAUGAGAACUUUCAGAGCUUUAGUAUUAGCAUUCGACUACUACUGAGGUAACGUUUCAGCAAAGAUGGCUGAAUCAAACUGCGGUGAAAUAUUAAUAUGCUUUAUAAAGAAUGAAUCAGUGUGAUAUGAGGUCAGCCUUAGAGACCACAGGACUGGAGUCGUGUUGAAAGGAAACUACUGACUUAGAAGCAGACUGAAGGUUUUUGGUUUUCACUGUGUGGUACUGAAGCGUGGAUGGGGGCGAUACCUGACAGACACGCUCCGAACGGCACAAAUCAUAAUCUUAAAUGCUAGAAAACAGCAGAUGAAAUCUCUGAAGCACUGUGAAAAGGCAUCUACCAUUCGCACGUGCAUUCAAUCUCCCAGGGCAACUGAAUUAUGCAGAUGGAUAUGCUAAUUAGAUGUAGAUGAUCUGAUUAUCUAAUUUUUCCCUUUGAACCCUCGUUUCACCUUUCGGUAUAUUUAUUAACUGCAGGCUGAUACAUUUUGAUUGGUGAUUAAUUGAUCACCUUCUAAAUCUUUCCAAAGUAGAUGUGUGAUCUUUAUAAAUCGGAGUGUAAUGUGAAAUGAAUGACUCCGACUUAUCAAAAGCAAAUGUUUUCAUUAAAAUCUCUAAUCAUCUCGUAUAACUUGGACCAAAACCCUGCAUGGAUAAUCUGAAUAAUGAAUUAAAUAAGUGUCUUUCUGCUUUAAUUAUUGAAGCAAGUGGAGUGUAUUGAUUAGAUGGAGGUGUCAGAAUCAGUUAAACGUGAUGCCGUUGAACUUCAAGCUCAGCGCUGUGGAGUUUGCUGAUGUUAAACGCUUAAAUAAUGUACAUUUUGUCAGCUCGCUGUGUUUAUUCUUUCGUCAGUGACAUUUGAAACCACCUGCGCCAUACGGUCUCACUGUUACAAUCUAUUUUUGAUGAGGCAUUUGCGGUGCUGCGCUCUUAUUUUGAGGUGAACUGGAAUGUAUUUUUUUCUUUCAGUGUAUGUCUUAAUGUCUUUGCAUACAUUACUGAGCUCAUAUUCACUCCAGAGAUAAUUAGUUUGCUCGUCACGCUUUAAAAGUGUGCUAAUGAAGAGGUGACUUAUUGUCGAGGGUUGAGAUUGCUGACGAUGGUGAGGAGAUAGAGCAGUGAUUAUUCAUGAGACGCGUUGAGUGGACUUACAGAUUAACUCCCUGUUUUAGUCUUUUGAAUGUCGUAAAUGUCUGAAAUGAUUGUAUUAAUGAAUCUUGUUCAAGUCAACAUGAAAUCAAAAUGGACACCAUUUACUUUAUUAAUACUUAUUGCUGGUCUUAUUGUGUGCGGUUCAUACGGUUCAUGCACACACUAAUCUUGUGCCUCUGGACCAACUUUUUUUUUCUCCUGCUGUCACUUACAGAGAAUCAGAAAGAAUCGGAAAGAGCUUUAUUGCCAAGUAUGUUUGCACA